AUAACUAGAUAUUGUAUGAACGUCAAAUCAUAACUAGUUGUGAACCAUUGUCAGUUUUAUAAAAAUAUUCGUGUGUGUUAAUUUACAUUGUAAGUGAAUAUUUUGUUAAUUAUUAUGGAAUCUAGAAUCUAAGGCACCUGGUAAUUCUUUUCUAAACAUUUUUCCCACUGACGGUUUUUGAAAACGAUCAUGAAAAUGGUGUUGUCACAACGGCAGAGGGAGGAGCUAAACAAAGCUAUCGCUGAUUAUUUAAGUACCAAUGGAUAUAUGGAUGCUUUAGAAGCAUUCAAAAAGGAAGCCGAUAUGCCUGGUGAAGUUGAACGUAAAUUUGGUGGUUUGCUUGAAAAGAAAUGGACGUCAGUUAUUCGUUUGCAAAAAAAAGUCUCAGAAUUAGAAAUGAAACUAUCCGAAGCCGAAAAAGAAUUUAUCGAAGGUGCACCAACCCGUAGUAAACGAUCUCCGAAUGAAUGGAUUCCACGUCCACCAGAAAAAUAUUGUCUUACGGGACAUCGAGCGCCUGUCACAAAAGUUAUAUUUCAUCCUAUAUUUAGUAUAAUGGUUUCGGCAAGUGAAGACGCUUCACUCAAAGUGUGGGAUUUCGAAACUGGUGAAUAUGAGCGAACUUUAAAAGGUCACACAGAUUCCGUACAAGAUAUUGCAUUCGAUCAUACUGGUAAACUUUUAGUAUCUUGUAGUGCAGAUAUGUCAGUGAAAUUAUGGAAUUUUUCACAGACAUAUGAAUGUAUGAAAACGAUGCACGGUCACGAUCAUAAUGUGAGUAGUGUGGCAUUUAUGCCAGCUGGUGAUUUUGUCGUUUCAUCGUCGCGAGAUAAAACAAUUAAAGUGUGGGAGGUAUCCACUGGGUACUGUGUUAAAACAUAUACAGGCCACGCAGAGUGGGUUCGUAUGGUAAGACCUUCCCCCGAUGGUUUUUAUAUUGCAUCAUGCUCAAAUGAUCAAACAGUUCGAGUUUGGAUGACAAAUAGCAAAGAAUGCAAGGUUGUAUUACGUGAUCAUGACCAUGUUGCCGAAUGUAUUGCAUGGGCACCAGAUUCAUCAUUCAACGAAAUAAAUGAAUCUAGUUCAAAGGAUAAUAAGAAGAGUGUUGGUUCAUAUCAAGGACCAUUUUUGGCAUCUGGUUCAAGAGAUAAAACAAUACGUGUAUGGGAUGUAGCAAUUGGUGUUUGUGUAUUUACAUUAAUUGGUCAUGAUAAUUGGGUACGUGGUAUUGUUUUUCAUCCAGCUGGUAAAUUUUUAAUAUCAGCUAGUGAUGAUAAAACAUUACGAGUAUGGGAUAUUCGUAAUCGACGUUGUGCUAAAACACUCGAAGCGCAUAAACAUUUUUGCACAUCUGUUGAUUUCCAUAAAACUCAUCCGUACGUAAUUACUGGCAGCGUCGAUCACACAGUCAAAGUGUGGGAAUGUCGCUAAAUGAAAUAAAAUAUAUAACUACAAAAUAACUUAAAUAAUCGUUUGUCCUUGCGCUUGUUUUUCUCGAACAUUUAUUAAAAAAUAUAAAUUCAAAACAUACAAAAAAAUGCUCUAUGUCGCCCCGUAUUACUGUUAUAUUAACUUAUAGCCGAAUUAUAUUCCAAGAAAAAUAUAUAAUUCCACUUCAUAUAAAUCUAUUUUGACAAAAAACAGUAAUAUUAAAACAAAACCAUUUACAAGAUGAGUCCGGAGAAAGGCAGCAACUUUCAGGAUAAUAUAUAAUCUUCCUAUAAAAGUAGGAUAGAAAACUUUUUGGAUUAUUUUUGUGUUCAAAAUUUAUUUCUAGACCAUGUUGUUUACGAAGAAGUCAUCCAAACAAUGUGGAAGUAAAGAUAAGCUGCGCUGGCGGUAUAGCUCUUAUUGUUAAUACCAUUAGCGCAAGCCUAAGUGAUAUUCGAACAACACUGCAAAUCGAAAAGAAAAAAACCGAUAUUUGCUGCAUUCUCCUUAAACAUAGUCUGUAUAGACUGUCACCUUUCAUCAUAAUUCUCAUGACUCCGUAUAUAUAUUUAUCUACCUAUUAUCCUUGGAGAAGACACUAGAGUUUUUUAAAAUUAUAUUGCAUAUUUAUAUAAUCUUUUUAGAAGGAUAUGAUAUGAUCGUCACUAUAAAAAAAUACCACUUAAGAUUUGAUGAUACCUUAAAAACUCAUUUUUUAAACAUAAGUAAUUAGUUUUGUUUUCUUUUA